AUGGUCACAAUCCAAGCCGUCGGCGCAGCAAGCGCAAAAGGAACCCGCCCCUACCAACAAGACACCUACACCCUCCUCCCCCCAGACCAAUUCCUCCCCGAAUCCGAUCCCAAUCUCGCCUUCUUCGCCGUUUAUGACGGGCAUGGCUCAGAAAUCGUCUCCAACCACGCCUCCCAGAACCUCCCCUCCCUCCUUUCACAAUCCUUAACAUCCACAUCCACAUCCACAUCCACAUCCUUGACCCCCGAGAGCUACGAAAACGCAAUAAAACAAGCCAUAUCCUCCGAAGAACAAUUACUAGUCCAGGAGUUCAAGAACGGAGAGGCAGACUACGCCUUCGCUGGCUCGACACUUGCGCUUGUAUUACUCGAUUUAAAGAGUGGUACCCUUGUUGUUGGGGAUUUGGGGGAUUCGAAGGUUUUUCUGGGUACCCUCGGUGGUAAUGAUGGUGAUCAGGUUGAAGAUGUGAAAUGUCUAACAAAAUCACACAAACCCUCCUCUCCCGAUGAAAAACAUCGUAUUGAAAAUGCAGGCGGGAUGGUUCUCCCGGAUCAGCAUGAGAUACCGCGGAUCGGAGCGUUGAAUAUGUCCCGCGCCCUCGGCGACCUACAGUAUAAAACGCCGUUUACGAAUCUCUCUGUCACGAAUCCCGAGACUAAUGAGGAGAAUCCGCUUACGAGAGAGCAAGCUCGUGCGGGGGUGGAACCUUCUGAGCAGCAAGGCGACUUUCUCUCCUCUGAACCGGAUAUCACGCGCGUUAACCUUCGACAAGGAAAAAAGUACAUGUUGGCACUGGUGUCGGACGGGGUUAGUGAUAGCCCGAAAGUAGAUGAUGAGGGGUUUAUCCAGAUGCUGGCAAAUGGAUUCAACAGCGGAAUAAGAGGAGAAGCGGUUGUUAGGGAGGUUAUAAACGAGGUGGUUGAAGGAGUUGAGAGUGAUAAUGCGACCUGUGUGGGUCUAUUACUACAAUAG